AUGGCAUCAAUCCCUCGGCGAUUGCCUUGGCCUCGCCGGGCUUGGAAGUCACUUACUUUCUCCAACCUGAACUUUACGCCAAUUCCACUGCAUGAGAAGCUCGAGGAAGAGCUCUUUGCCGACUACAUCGCAUCCCGUUACUAUCCAGCUCGCUUCGGCGAGAUGCUCAAAAAUCGCUAUCAGAUUGUUGGCAAGCUGGGCUUUGGAGCUAGCUCAACCGUCUGGUUGGCGCGCGACCUACCUCCAUGGGUGACCAGUUGCAUCGCUGACUCGCGAUAUACAAGCGUAUCUCUGCAUCAUCAUCGAAGAAUCCUGCCCGCGGUGCCGUUAGAGAGCUACUGGACUCUUUCGAUGUUCGUGGACCAGACGGCAGUCACCGGUGCUUGGUGCACCCACCGCUCUGGGAAAGCACUUUGGCUUUCUUGCGCCGUAACCGGUGGAAAGGCUACCGGCACCAGUACUGGCCUUUGUCCUCCGUCGCGUCUUUCUUGCUUUGGAUUUUCUGCAUACAACAUCAAGGCCGAUAAUAUCAUGUUUGGCAUUGAGGGAGAUUCGGUCUUCACCGCAUUCGAGGAGCAAGAGCUGGCCGACCCGUCUCCGCGGAAAAUCGUGGACGGUAGGGCCAUCUGUCUGUCACGCGAGCUUCAGAUGCCGAAGAACCCGGGUGCACCGGUUCUUUGUGACUUCGUACAAGAUACCGCUCGUCCCACAGGCGAGUGUCGUGCAGAGACUACACGUCCAAAUAGUACGCCGAUCGAGAUGAUAGAGACGAGCCUGGAGGGAGAAAACCGAGAGAAGUUUCUCGCCAUGAUACGGAAGAUGCUGCAGUGGGAACCUGCGAGGCGCGCCUCGGCCAAGGAGCUGGCUGAGGACGAGUGGAUCAUGAAGCAUAACGUUGCCCGGGCGUCUUCCCCUAGUCAUUUGUCACACCAAUAA